CAUUAAGCCACGAGAACGUGAGGCUCAAAACGCCCACUCACUGCUUGCUUUCUGCUACAAGGAUCUCUCCCUUCUCCCUCCCUCCCUUCCAAUCCUUCCCACUCAAAAUGCAACUUCUCUAUGCUCCAACCUGCCAUAACCUCUCCUUGCGAAGCUUACACACGCGACCAAAAGAAGGGUUGUUCUCAUCUCUAGAGAAAUGGCUUCAUUUAUCUGUUAACAAUCAGCCUUGUAAACUACCACCUCGUAAAUGCUUCUACCUGAAGAAAACCAGAGCUCUUAAUUCUUCUGUUCAAGCUGGCGGUUCUGGAGUAUCAACAAGGAAUGCUGAGAGUGAUGUGCUGAAAGCGUUGUCUCAGAUUAUUGAUCCAGACUUUGGAACUGAUAUUGUCUCUUGUGGUUUCGUGAAAGAUCUCAAUAUUGAUGAAGCUCAAGGAGAGGUCUCAUUUCGGUUGGAGCUCACAACACCAGCAUGUCCAGUCAAAGACAUGUUUGAGCAGAAGGCAAAUGAGGUGGUAGCCUUGCUUCCAUGGGUCAAGAACGUCAAAGUGACGAUGUCAGCACAGCCUGCCAGACCAGUUUAUGCAGGGCAACUUCCCCAAGGGUUGCAGACAAUUUCAAAUAUUAUCGCAGUUUCAAGUUGCAAGGGAGGCGUUGGGAAAUCAACUGUAGCAGUAAAUCUUGCAUAUACUUUGGCUGGUAUGGGUGCUAGAGUAGGCAUUUUUGAUGCUGAUGUCUAUGGUCCAAGUUUACCGACAAUGGUUUCCCCGGAAAACCGAUUGCUGGAGAUGAAUCCGGAGAAGAGAACUAUCAUUCCAACUGAAUACUUGGGAGUCAAGUUGGUAUCUUUUGGAUUUGCUGGACAAGGGCGGGCAAUAAUGCGAGGUCCAAUGGUUUCUGGGGUCAUCGAUCAACUACUGACCACCACUGAAUGGGGAGAGCUGGAUUACCUUGUUAUUGACAUGCCUCCAGGAACUGGUGAUAUACAGCUAACUUUAUGCCAGGUAGUCCCAUUAACUGCUGCUGUUAUUGUUACCACACCCCAAAAGCUAGCAUUCAUCGAUGUUGCCAAAGGAGUUCGCAUGUUUUCAAAGCUUAAGGUGCCAUGCGUUGCUGUAGUAGAGAAUAUGUGCCACUUCGAUGCCGAUGGGAAGCGCUAUUACCCAUUUGGUAGAGGUUCAGGUUCUCAGGUUGUCCAGCAGUUUGGAAUCCCUCAUCUGUUUGAUCUUCCGAUUAGACCAACUCUAUCUGCUUCUGGAGAUGGUGGAAUGCCUGAAGUGGCGGCUGAUCCUCAAGGUGAAGUGGCAAAAAUAUUUCAGAACCUUGGAAUUUGUGUUGUGCAACAGUGUGCCAAGAUUCGCCAACAAGUGUCAACAGCUGUCACCUAUGAUAAAUCAAUCAGGGCAAUUAAGGUGAAGGUGCCGGAUUCAGAGGAAGAGUUCCUUUUGCAUCCUGCAACAGUGAGACGGAAUGAUCGCUCUGCCCAAAGUGUGGAUGAAUGGACCGGGGAGCAAAAACUGCAAUAUGCUGAUGUUCCAGAAGAUAUUGAACCUGAAGAAAUUCGGCCUAUGGGAAACUACGCUGUGCAAAUAACAUGGCCGGAUGGAUUUAGCCAGAUUGCUCCGUAUGAUCAGUUACAAACAAUGGAACGAUUGGUUGACGUUCCUGAACCGGCUCCAAUUGGGGCAUGAUUUGGUUGGUGAAGUUGAAUAGAGACUGCAUGAACCAGAAAAGAUAGAAAGAAGAAGAAGAAGACAGCACCACAAAUCUUCCCAAACUCAGUUACCCUCAGGUGAAAUAUUGUACUGGAGCUGGUAGAAGCUCUCGAAGUGCAUUGUCUCUGGCCUGUUUGCCUCACCCUCUCGAGUGAUUCUCAGGGACAGUUGUACAGCCCAAAUGUUGUAGUAGAAAAACUAUCAAAAGCAUCCGAUUCCAGUUAGAUUUCCCUUUUAUAUCGUCAGUUUUGACUAUAUGAUUUGGUCUGGACGUGUUUCGUUUGCUUAUCCGCUCUCCUUGGAACCAUCUGUUUGUAUAUCAAAGAAAUCGAGUCUCUGUUGAAUGGUAAAACAACCAUCUGCAUUACAAUACAACCAUCAGGCAGGCGUCUUUAUUAA